AUGUUCUCUAUUUUCCUCUGUCUCUCAGUAAGUGAUUACGUCGAGCUUGACCAAAAUGAUUCUGUGUUAACUGAUCUUGGUUGUACAAGUUUCGUUUCACUUCUAAAUACUGCGUAUUACUAUCAUGAAGGAUCAGCUUCAGAAAAUUUAUGUAUUCAAGUUCGUGGCGGUGCAGUUUUCAAAGGAGAAGAACUUCAAAUCACUUACUAUGAUGAAACUAAUGGUAUUUCAAAUACUGACAGUGGCUUUGCAGUUUUCUUCGGACCUACAGCUAAAAACAUAAUCAAGGUAUCUCCAGUGAACCCGCAAGGUAUCGGAAUUUAUACAAUUUACUUCACAUUAAAAAAAGGAAUUCUUACUUAUCUUUCAAAUAGCAAAUCAAUCAAUGUCAACAUCCUUUCAAAGUCCGAUGGUGCAUAUUUUUAUCAUUUUUCCAACAAUCGUACUGCAGAUGUAUCCAUUUCUUUAAGUAAUUGGGUUGUUGCAACUUUUAACACUUAUGAAGUUGAAGACGGCUUCCAUACUACCGCAUCAUACUAUAGUACGUUCAUUACUGCAGUAUGUAUUGUAUCCGGCAUCGGAAAAUUCGCGAAAGUUAGAAUAGAUACUAAUUCUGAAGAUUGGGUGAACCCAUUUGAUGGAUAUUUCAUUACUGAUCUUCCACAAAGAAUUACUGAAUCGCAAUUGAAGCAAUUUGGAAUAAGUUAUUGGUUAUAUAUUAUUAUAUUUGUUUGUUGUGUCAUUAUUAUUGCUUCUUUACUCACUAUUAUCAUUUUAUGCUGCAGAAAGAGGAAAGUGGCAGCUGAAAACGAGGAAGAAGAAGAUCGAAGAGACAUACAGCCAAAUAGUGGCCUUAUGUACCUUCCAGAUAGAAUUACUGCAGCGUUUCAGCCUGGAUUUCCUGACCAGGACGUUGUUGUCCCGGAUGAAACGAAAAAUGAACAAUAUAUUCAAUAUCCUGAACCAAUUCCUUCUCCAAACGUGGAGCCAAAGAAUUUCGAUGAUGCACAGCCUUGUGUCAACCCUUAUCAAUAG